UUCAGAAAAAAAUAAUAAAACUAGAUCUUUCAACCCAUUAAAAUUUCUUGGUUCUCAACCUCCCUCAUGAAUGGCGCUCUUAUUCGUAAACCCUUCAAACCCCACCCGAGAAAACUCCAAUAUCUCCUUCAAAUCGACUACUACAUCACCCAACUCACAAAAGAAAAAGCUCAGACACAUUCUCUUACAUCUCUGCAAUGUGGAACUCUCUUACAAUCAUUUACCAACUCCAAAUCAUACCAUAAAGGCAAGCAGCUCCAUGCCCACAUGGUUUCUUCGGGCCUUCUCGUCAAAAACACUUAUCUAAACACCAAACUUUCUGCCUUUUAUGCAAUCUGUGGUAGCAUGAGUGAAGCCCGUGUUAUUUUCGAUGAUAUCAUAUUGAAAAACUCAUUCUUAUUGAAUUGCAUGAUCAGGGGCUAUGCCUGCAAUGGUUUUUCUUUGGAUUCCCUUGCUCUGUACCGUGACAUGUUGUGGUUUGGUCAAAAGGCAGAUAAUUUUACAUACCCUUUUGUUCUCAAGGCGUGUGGUGAUCUGUUGGAUGUGAAAAUUGGAAGGAAGAUCCAUUCUGAGAUAGUCAUUCGUGGGUUCGAGUCUGAUAUCUAUGUGGGUAAUUCUCUUCUGUCAGUGUAUUCAAAAUUUAGGGACAUGGAGGCUGCUAGGAAGCUGUUUGAUAGAAUGCCCAUUAGAGACUUAACUUCUUGGAACACAAUGAUUUCAGGGUACACAAAGAAUGGUGACCCAGAAGAGGCUUUAUCGAUUUUUAGUCUGAUGGCUAGAUCUGGAGAAAGAGCUGAUUGUGCAACAUUGGUCACCAUCCUCCCUGCUUGUGCCAAUAUGAGGGCAUUGCAGCUGGGUAGACAAAUGCAUGGUUUUGUUAUUCGAAAUAAUUGUGGACUUGAUAUUUCUGUGACAAACUCUCUCAUUUAUGUAUAUUGUAACUGCAAUUCUAUGGUCUAUGCAAGGUCGUUAUUUGAGAUGUUUGAGAGAGAUACUGUCUCAUUUAAUUCCAUGAUUUUGGGUUAUGCUAGGAAUGGAGAUGCUUUUGAAAGCCUGAGACUUUUUAACCAAAUUCUCUUAGAAGGUAUAGAGCCUGAUCAAGUUACUCUCAUGGCUGUACUUGGAGCUUGUGAUCAAAUUACAGCUUUGCAAUUUGGCAUGUCUGUUCAUGCUUUGCUCACUAGAAAAGGAUUUGCUAUAUAUACUAUUGUGGGGACUGGACUUAUAAACAUGUAUGCAAAAUGCGGGAAUUUGGGUUGUUCCUGUCAAGUGUUUGAGGAGAUGCCUGAGAUAAAUUUGAUUUCUUGGAGUGCUAUGAUUGCUGGAUAUGGGCUGCAUGGGAAGGGAAGGGAGGCUAUAGCUGUUUUUAAUCAAAUGGAGGCAAAGAAUAUUAGGCCAGAUGAGGUUACCUUCACAUCAGUUUUGUCAGCAUGUAGCCAUGCAGGGUUAGUGGAUGAGGGAUGUGAUAUUUUCUACAAAAUAGCUAAGGAGUACAAUAUGGAGCAUAUAGUUGAGCAUUAUUCCUGUAUGGUGGAUCUCCUUGGCCGAGCAGGGCAUCUAGAUCAAGCAUAUAAGUUGAUCACAACCAUGGAAGUAAAACCUACACUUGAUAUAUGGGCUUCACUUUUGUUUGCUUGUCGAGUCCACCACAAUGUCAAGCUAGCAGAGAUUGCGGCCCUGAAUGCUUUUGAUUUGAACCCAAAAGCUGUAGUUCCAUACAUUUCUCUCUCAAACAUUUAUGCCGUGGAGAAAAGAUGGGAUGAUGUGGAAAGAGUGAGAGCCACUGUGAGAUCAAAGGGGCUGAAGAAACAACCAGGAUGCAGCUACGUUGAGUUGGAAAAGGUGGUUCAUUGUUUUCUAGUUGGCGACAAGUCACACCCACAAUCAGAGAGUAUAUAUUCCAAGUUGGAAGACUUAUGUUGGCAACUCAAAGAGGCUGGGUACACCCCUGAUACAAGUUCUGUGUUAUAUGAUGUCAAUGAAGAGGUGAAGGAGAAGAUGCUUUGGGAUCACAGCGAGCGCCUAGCCAUUGCUUUUGCUCUUAUUAACACGGCUCCUGGGACAGUCAUCAUGAUCACCAAGAACCUCCGAAUAUGUUGUGAUUGUCACACAGUGACUAAACUCAUUUCCAAGCACAUGGGUCGAGAGAUUAUCAUGAGAGAUGCCCAUCGGUUCCACCACUUUAAAAAUGGUAUUUGUUCUUGUGGAGAUUACUGGUGAGUAAUUAUUGACCAAAAUUUUAUUCCAAAGGGUCUAAAGAAAGAACCAGGAUGCAGUUAUGUUGAAUUGGAAAAUGCAGUUCGUUGUACAAGUCAUACCCAGUCAGAGAGUGUAUAUUCCAAGGUGGAAGACAUGACUUGGACUCUCAAGGAGGCUGGGAGAUCACCCUCAUGCACCAUUGCUUCAACCUCAGAAAUUGAAGUCUGAACACUCCAAGAAA